AUGCCCGAUCUAGAAGAUUACACCAAGAUCCCCAUGCUCUCCAUCACUGGCCGCCGACUCGAGGCCUUUGCAGCCAGUAGACAACGGCGGAAGUGCUAUCUAGCUGUGCAGCCAGAUCCAAAUAACUGUUUUGGUCACCAGCGCCUGAAUUUCAAGCACUACUUCACAAUCAAAUUUGGAGAUGGACCUCAAAGUCGUAUUUCUGGUUAUUCCUCGAGCAACGGUAAUUACGCGUUUGCCUACAAUGACGGCACCACAAGAGCAGGGAAAGCGCUCGAACGGUAUGUUCUACAGUUCACAGGAGCGAAAAUGGUCGCACAGCAUGACCAUAUUAGAUCCGAGUGGUAUGAGAUCGAGGACAAUGGGUUGCGUGAUGAGAAGGGUCGAGAUUUACGUGAAGUCCUUCUCCAGCUCCUCAAGGACUUCGGUCAUUAUGAUCUCGAGGAUGAAGACAGCUGCACUGCUGCAGGAGAGAGCAUCAUCCAGCUCCUCGCCCCGGUCUCAGAUCUCAACAAUAUUCCACCGCGUCCUAGUUUUGACACACAAGCUACUGACAUGCCGCCCCUUCCUGACUGGAAUGUUGAAGAUCAAACUUAG